UUUUAAUUUUAAUUUUAAUUUUAAUUUUAAUUUUAAUUUUAAUUGCAUGAGGUCAUGAUUGCCAAUUAUUUUUAAAUGCUCACUCUUGGUUCCGGAAACUCAGAUUAAAUGAGGAAUUCUUGACAUGGUUGACUCUGGAUUACAGCGUGUGCCUGAGUGGGCAGGUCAAUCAUCUAUGACACCUCCAGAGUCCUUCAGGCACUUGGUGAAGCCGCUUGGCGACAAGCUCAAAUUGAAGAACCUCACGUGACGGGAGAAGAUUAACUGGCCUGGAUCCAAAUUGGGGAUCCCUCCUGCCUUGUUUUGGGCGUGUCUGCGCUCACCUGUGCGUGGUCGCCAUCUUCUCGCUUGAUCAGAAGCGAGCGCGGCACGCCCGACCACAGCUGAGCUGAGUCAAGGGGAAGUGAGAAUACAAUGCCUCCAACGAUCCUUCUCACUCCGUUUCAGGGUCUUAUCUCCUUUCAGCACUCCUUCCAGCCCAUGACUGCCAUUAGAAGAAAAGAUUUACAAUGUGUGUGUGAGUGCGGCAAACUUCUCUUCUCCUUGCUUUAACACACACACUUACGCACGAGUCGCCAUUACCGAUGCGACGCCACAAUGGCCGACGUAUCAGAAAGUGAUGCUGUCAAUACAUAAUAGAUAGAAAAGGAUGGAGCGCAGACGACAGAUAAGCAAAGAAAGACAAAAGCCUUUUCACAAUGAAAGAAGCUGGCGUGAUGUCGCAGAGUUCAUCCGGCACGUUUUAUUGCGCAGUUUAUCACAGCGGCCACACGGAGUGCCCACGCUUAGCCGCUGAGCGUGCAACAAAAGGCCAAAUUAAGAGGAAUGAGGCCGGCUGACAGGUUGACUGACGUUGUUUCCCGAGGAGAAUAGCGUCCCGUCCGUCUCGGAGCUGUCACCUUGACAGGAAUCCUUUCUUUGCACGCCGACCCCGUCGCCGACCUUUCCGUCACUCGUGACCACACGGACGCCGCAAAGUCCAGACAGCAGCAAAUACAAAACGCAAAGCACCUUUGACUGGGAUUCGGAGAGGGCGAAAGCAAGUUGGAUCAACGUCUCAUCUCCGUGAUGACCAAGGCAGCUUCAUUUAUUACCGUAUUUUCCGGACUAUAAGGCGCACCGGACUAUAAGGCGCACCUUCAAUGAAUGGCCCAUUUUAAAACUUUGUCCUUAUAUAAGGCGCACCGGACUAUAAACCAGCUCAGUGGCCUAGUGGUUACAGUGUCCCCCCUGAGACUGGAAGGUUGUGGGUUCAAACCCCGGCCGGGUCAUACCAAAGACUGUAAAAAUGGGACCCAUUGCCUCCCUGCUUGGCACUCAGCAUUAAGGGUUGGAAUUGGGGGUUGGAAGGAGUGGAGCUCUUUACAAGCCCUAGGCUUCGUCUCCCUCUUUGCACAGUUAUUGAUAUGAUAAUAUGUGCUAAACAAUAAACUAAACUAAACUAUAAGGCGCACCAUUAAUGCAUCAUGUCAGAUUUUUAAUCCAAAUCAAAUCAUACUCCAUUUUGUCUUUUUUAUUUCAACUUCAGACGCAACAAAUUACUUUAUAAUCUUAAAAUAAUGAUCCACAGUCUUUUUGAGUCAUGAUCCAUAGUCUUCAGCGGGCCACUCAUGAUUGAUUUCAUGACACAAUGCUUUGGGCCAGUUUCAAUUUAGGAAUUUGGUCCAUAUAUAAGGCGCACCGGACUAUAAGGCGCACUGUGGGCUUUUGAGAAAAUUGGAGGUUUUUAGGUGCGCCUUAUAGUCCGGAAAAUACGGUAAUCGCUUUUCAUACACAAGGCAACUCAACGUGCUUGCAAGUAAAGACGCAACUCAUAAAAGCUUUUUACAAACAUGACAGCCGACAACAUUCACAGGCAGAGCGGAGAAAACAAAAGUAGAUGAAUCAAAUGUAAAGGACGUAACAUUCAAAGACAUUCACGAAAAAGCUUAAAAGAAAGAAAGAAAUCAAAUGACUAAAAGGCCCCGCCGUGAAAUUGAUUUAGAACUGUUUAAAAUGUCUUCAACAAAGGUAUGGAGAGGGAAAAAACGGAUUCUAAAGCUUCUUCCGAAUGCGUGCAACGUAACAGCUAAGUGCUGCUUCACGGCGUUCGCUUUGACCUCCGGGUCUGCAAACUGGGCUUCUUUUCAAUCAAUAUUUCUGAAAUCAAUUUGAUCUCACUCUGGACGACACUUCUUUGUAUCUGCAGUGUUGCUGAAUGUAUGUUUGGUGGCAUUAAAGAAGGGGAAAAAAAAGAAGGGCCGAGCUAUUAUUUAGGCCGAGGCGCCCCUGGCUUGAUAUGAAAGCAACAUUUGUGUUGGUGGCCGACCGGUGAGACGUGAGUUGGGGCCGAACAGCUGUCCGUGUGUACUUUACAAGCUGCUUCUAUUUGUUCUGUCGACACGGGCGGGGUCGGGAGGGUGUCAGCAUUGUCUACUGUCCCUCAUCAUGACUUUGUGUGUGCGCAUCGGUGUUUAUGUUUGUGAGGCCUGGCCAAAGUGGACAGGUGGACGAUCUUCACGAGAGAACGUACCUGCUGGAACUAUCGUAGCAAAUUGCUUUUUUUUUUUGAAUGACUGCUGAACUGAAAGUUGACGUGUCAUUAAAAACAGUUGUAACUAUUUGCAGCCAGUAAUAUAGAUUGAAAAUAUAGUGUCCUGCUUUGCGGUAGGUAUUCAUGUCAUCAUAAAAAUAUAUUCUCGUUGACCUCGCAAGUCUUAAAAGCGGUCAUAAAUGCAAAUGCGGGUGGCCAUGUCGAUAAACAAGAUUAAAUGGGGGUAAAAAAAUGGACGAGCCAAAAUUUGCCUACAUGUAAUGGAGCAAAAUGAAGAUUCUGUUUAUUUUUAUAUGACAUUGGCAGCCUGCUGUUUCAUCAUUGACACAAACAAACCUUUAUUUCUUUCAGAGCGUUCAAGAUAAGAACACUAUAGGCUGCUGCAGCCCAACGUUGCCGCCGCAGAUGUGGCUGGCUUUAAAUGGAAGGUGAAGCAGUAAAUUAAAAGAAAAAAAAAACUCAUAAUAAAUAGACAGCAGCGUGUAAAGAUAACCUAAACAGAAAAUAGAUUGUGUGAUAUUACUAGGCGCUAAUUAAAGCAGGCAACAAAGACGCCCAAUAAAUAGGAACAAUAAAAUGGAAAAUGGAUGUGAGCAUAAAAGCUUCCGUGGAAUAAAGGCGAAGGCCACAUUUAAUAACUGUCCAUCUGAUGUACUUCCAUUUAUCUGCUUGAGCCCUCGCAAACAAACAUACAAAUAAAUCACUUAAUAACUGGUGGAAACAAAAACGUAUUGUUUAUUUCUUUAGGCUCGGGUGCAGCCAUAUCCAAUUCGAUAUUUCGCAAUAUUGGGUUGGGCAAGUUAAAGAAACACGCAACCAGGAAAAGGGCAUUUUUAGCUGGUAACGUCGUGAUGUGUGGAAACAGCGGCCCUUACUGGCUGGCUAGGGAACUGACAAUUGAUUGUCACUUGAUGGUGGUUCGAAUUAUAAAAUGAUAAACACGCGAGGCACAAUCUCAUUUUAGAUCGAGUUGGCUUACAAUUGAACUCUUUUUUUUUUUGCGUUUUUACAACAAUUGUUGAGAGAGAGAGAGAGAGAGAGAGAGAGAGAGAGAGAGAGAGAGAGAGAGAGAGAGAGAGAGAGAGAGAGAGAGAGAGAGAGAGAGAGAGAGAGAGAGAGAGAGAGAGGAGAGAGAGAGAGAGAGAGACGGCGUUCAUUCCAGAUGGUGUUUAAACGCAGACAGAAGGCUCCAGAGAGGACAGCGAAGCAGAGCAAGAGAAAGAGAGAGCGAAAGAGAGGCGGAGGAGGCGAGAGAGCCGCUUGGGUUGCUUGCUUGGGUUGCUUGCUUGGUGCGCACAGUGGGCUCGCCAGCUCCAUUCAUUAGUGAGGACAAAACAAGAAAGGGGGCGAAAGGAAAGGCUGAUUUGUGAGCGCACAUGCUGGAAAAGUCAACCCGGCCGGCGGCCACAAAGCCUUGACAGUCAGUCAGUCUGUCAGUCAGUCGGCGGAGGUGGAGAAGAAGGAGCGCGUCGCGACCAAGCCAAAAACUGCUUUUCACCGCAGGAGGAAUUAUUCUCAUCGGACGUUUUUGGACUUUUUGAUCAUGCAAGUGUAAAGUGAGGAAGAAGUCACGCGAGGAUAGAGACGCACGCUGCAGACUCGGAGGAUCCGCAUCUUAUUGUUUUUGCAGUUUUUUUUUUUUUUUUUGGACGUGGGAGUCACCAGGAUUUGAGGACUUUGAGUCUUUCCAAGAAAAGGGGAAAGCACGAUUUGUUUUCGUCGACAGUGCGUCGUUACUUGGUUCUUUCUAAUACGGACCAUGACACAGAAAGCGGAUUUACAUGGACUGGGCGACUUGUGAUAUUUGACAUCUUACAAUACCAAAGACUGAUUUUUUCUCUCCCUGAUUCCAUAAGAAAUUAAAUACCUCGUAAGUGACCCAACCUGGACGCCCAAAGGAAAGUUGACGCUAAUUGUAUGUAUUUAAUGGUGGCGGCUUUUGCCACCCCUUCCUGUCAACGAGGACCAGCGUCCGUCCGUUCUAUCUCUAGAAGACCCCCAGCCACCCCUCAUCAUGAGGAUUGAGGCGAUAUAAAAGCUCUUCUAGAAGAAAAAAAAACUGGAUUAUCAUCUCUUCACCAACAUCAUCUUGACCUCAACCUUCACAGAGUAGCAGAGUGCCGAAGGUUGGAACAAUGCCAGAUUCACCUGCGGAUGUGAAAAGCCAGCCCAGGUCCACCCCGCCAACCAUGCCUCCUCCACCCCCGGCAGUCAACCAAGCAAGCAGUCGUAACGCUUCUUUCACCCCCACCACCAGUAAAUCAAUGCUAAACGGGAGCAGCCACUCUCCCACGUCGCUGAACGGCGCCCCGUCCACUCCCAACGGCUUCAGCAACGGGCCGGCCAUGUCGUCCACGUCGUCGUUGUCCAACCAACAGCUCCCGCCGGCCUGCGGCGCCCGCCAGCUCUGCAAGCUGAAGCGUUUCCUGACGACCUUGCAGCAAUUUGGCAACGACAUAUCGCCGGAGAUCGGAGAGCGGGUGCGCAGCCUGGUCCUGGGGCUGGUGAACUCCACACUUACCAUUGAAGAGUUUCAUUCCAAACUUCACGAAGCCACCAACUUCCCUCUGAGGCCUUUCGUCAUUCCCUUCCUGAAGGCAAACCUGCCCCUGCUGCAGAGGGAGUUGCUGCACUGUGCCAGGCUGGCCAAGCAGACGCCGGCACAAUACCUGGCCCAACACGAGCAGCUCCUUCUGGACGCCAACGCCAGCUCGCCGCUCGAUUCUUCCGAGAUCAUGUUGGAGAUGAACGAGCAUGGCAAGAGAAGGACCCCUGACAGGACCAAAGACUCUUCAGAGAGAGAUGGCUUGCACCCGGAGCACCUUGCUAAAAGGCCCUGCACCAUUAGCCCCAGCCAGCGCUUCAGUCCCAGCACGGGCCUCCCUGCUCACCCGCCCCCCAACGGCCUUCCCACACACCCUCCCAAUGGCCUGCCUCACCCGCAGAACCCUCAAAUGGGCCCUCAGCACUACCGCUUGGAGGACAUGGCGCUGGCACAUCAAUACAGAGACGCUUACAGGCAUAAUGAACACAGAGACGGUCGAGAAAGACAUCGGCAGACAGCAAUGCACGGAGCCCGCCAAGAGGAAGUGAUCGACCACCGUCUAACAGAUCGAGAGUGGGCAGAAGAAUGGAAGCAUCUCGAUAAUCUGCUGAACUGUAUCAUGGACAUGGUGGAGAAGACACGUCGCUCUCUGACGGUGCUACGCCGCUGCCAGGAGGCCGACCGGGAGGAGAUGAAUCAUUGGAUCCGGCGCUACAGCGACGUGGAGGAGAUGAAAAAAGGUGGGAGCAACGGCCAGCACUGCCUUCCUCCUCCUCCUCCUCCUCCUCCUCCUCCUCCUCUUCCUCCUCACCACAACUCGUCCUCCAACACAGCUAGCAGCAGUGAGGCAGUGCCCAAAGGAGCUUCCUCGGCUGCUGAAAGGCAGACAGGCAGACAGACAGAGAUCCACAGAGACUUUCUGCACAGGCCUCCGUCGGGAUACCUGCCUGAGGAAAUCUGGAGAAAAGCUGGCACGACAAGCAUCCCGCUUUCGCCAGCGCUAAAGCACCUCCAAAACAAGCAGGAGGAAGCCGUGAACGAAGUCAAGCGGCAGGCCAUGUCGGAGCUGCAGAAGGCCGUGUCGGAUGCGGAGAGGAAAGCUCACGAGAUGAUUUCGGCAGAACGCUCCAAAAUGGAACGGGCCCUGGCCGAGGCCAAGAGGCAAGCCUCCGAGGAUGCACUUACGGUCAUCAACCAGCAGGAGGACUCCAGUGAAAGUUGCUGGAACUGCGGGCGGAAAGCCAGCGAAACGUGUAGCGGCUGCAACACGGCUCGCUACUGCGGCUCCUUCUGCCAGCACAAAGACUGGGAGAGGCACCACCACGUCUGCGGUCAAGGCCUGCAAGGGCUUCCGGGGGGCGGCGCCGUUCCCCUCGGCACCUCGGCUUCCGGCGCGCCCCCCGCCCACUCGGAGGGCGCCCCGCCGGGUCCGCUGGCGUUGGCGGGCCAGAGCGGCGUGGCGGCCGGCGGCGGCGGCGGCAGCAUGUCGGCCAGCCCCAAGGAGAGCAGUUCGAGUAGCGCCUCUCGCUCCACCACUCCGGCCACGCCGGCGCUGCUCGACGCCACAUCUCGCUGACGUUCCGUCCCGUCCCCUGGUAGGACAAAACCAAACUGAGGAACCUUCGUCUCACCUUGACCCCCUUUCCCCCCCCCCUCAAAGUUCUCAAGUCUGCCUUUUGCAUAGGGUGGCUUUGGCAUUCAGUGAGCACAAUCAGCAAGAUAUCGUAGCGUUUGCUGACCAGGAUGGGCUCUUAACUUGAGUGUUGAGGAUCACAAGACCAAUUAGCACUUCAAUUCCCAAAUCAUUUUGCCCCAAUGUGAGCACCCGGACCUGUUAUAUGCACUAACAGUCCCGUCUCCGAAUGCUAACAGAUAAGGAUUUUUUUUUUUGUCAAUGUCCUGCCGUUCCUCAGAAAACACAACUUAGGAUUUAUGGAACGUUUCUUUCUGGCUUUAAGGGAAAACCAAGAACAGUCCAAAUAUUCUAAAUAAGAGAAACAAAGCGUGAUGAUAGUGACGUUUGUUAACCAUCAUGAAACGAAAUGGAGUUUUAAACUGCUAACUACCUUGCUAGCGAGCCAAGAAAAAUCUACGCCGGACUCACCUCUCGAAACCAUUGUGAACCCAAAUGAAUUCAAAGAUAAAAAAAAAAAAAACAACGUAAUCCAAACCUUUGUAUGACACUGCCAAAGUGAGUAAGUGAUAAAGAGAAGCGCUCGUAACCAAACGCAAAGCAACAUCACCUCCUCAGCAGCCCUGCCACAGAACGGAGGCUGCGCCAAGACUUGAGCGAUCCUUCAGCGAUCCUUCAGCGAGCCAACGGAUGGACGUCAGACACUCGCUGAAACGGACCGAGGCCUCGCCCCGAUGAAAUUUGCGAGCGGGAAGCGAAAAGAGGCAACGGAAAAGCUACACGGAAAUCAAGCGACAUCAUGUAGCUACCAAAAACCUCCAGCAGAACACACACGAGCGUCGGAUGUGUCUGUUUGGGUUCCUUUCUUCUUUUUUCAUCUCCAGCCGUGAGGUUUGCCGUCACAUUCACACACCUUUUUCCAAAGCACGAUGAACAGAGCCAAGAGACGGACGGUGCAGACACUCCUCUUUUUCUACCUCCCUUCAUCCCCAAACACCUGACCUUUUGACCCCACACCUCUCCCCCACCCCGCCUGCUUUGACGUGAACAUCGGAGCAGGACAGCCUGGACAAGGGAAGGAACCUGCUUGUAGAUAUUUUUCUCUCCUUCACUCAUUUUCUGGAUUCUUUUUCAGUUUUGUUUGCUUACUUUUGGUUUUGGUCAUGACGGGGGACCGAGCAGUGAGGUGCGGGCGAGGACGUUUGCCCCACCAUCUACUCAUUUGUUGUAUCUAUCUAUCUAUCUGAUUGAGAUGAACCCCCUCUUGUAGAAUAUUUUGUAUGGCUCGCAUUGUAAGACAGUGAGAGGACGGAGGUGCAAUAUGAAGAGAAUUCAGCUACUGAAUGGAACCUCAGCAACUGCCCAUAGGGUGUCAUAUAAUAUAGAAACAUAUAAAUAUAUUUAAAGUAACAUCAGUAACUUAAUGUGAAUGUACAUAGUAUUUAAAGAGGUCCAAAAAUGUGUUUGCCAAAUAACAGAAACCUUUAAAGUUUAAUGUCCAGAAUAUGAUUUUUCUCACAGUACAUUUGUUUCUUCAAUGUAUCAACUGCUUUCCCCCCCCCCCCCUCUCUCUCUCUCUCUCUCUCCUUCUCUCUCUUUUUUAAUAAUAAUAAUAAUUCAAUGGCUUUUCUUCAGUGGCAUAGAUGUAGGGGAAAGUACAUUCUGACAGAUCAAGUGUGCAUGGACUGCAUGACUUUCAGGAAUCCGUGAAUUAGGCUUUAAUGAACUAACUGAAGAUAAAGUCAAGAGAUGUAAUGAUGGUUCAUUCUCAUCAAAUAUGGGGGAAUAUUUUCUGCGUGACGUACUUCAUAUUUCGCCCCCGUGGGAGGGGACCCAAUUCACAUAGCAAAUUUAGCUCCAUUUCUAGUUUCUAUUGAGUCCUGUGAACAAUGAGCGCUCCUUUGGAAUAUUCAAAUGAUUUAUUCAAAUGAACUACAGCCAAUAUCAGAGGUUCAUUUGACCCCCACUACGCUUUACAAGUAUUCGGUUCGACUAAACACCAUUUUUCUUAAAGCCGAUCCUGUGCAAAGAAGCUGCAACCUUUGGCUGCAUCUGUGUGUAGCAUUUUUCUUCUUGUUGUUGUAUUUGCUACAAAAUGGCCUCUGUGUUGACUUUGGCGACGCCAGAGCACUCCUCACUUGCUACCUCCUGAGACCAUACAGCUAAUCACCAGGAGAUCUUCACCUGGACUUUGAAAAAGAUGGGCUGAGUGCAGACGUAGCAGUCGCGCCGCUAGCAUAACUCAUAUGCUAGCGGCGCUACUGCUAACCUAGUAUUUGCUUACGGGUCGCCAAAGGCCUUGCCACCGUAAUGGCGUCCGUCAUUCGUGAGUGAAACUACAACCAAACAUAUCACUGAACCGCGUAUUGACCAUUUUGUCAUCCCAAACCAAUAAAAGCGCAGACCAAAGUACUCCUGCAUUGCCAUAAAGCGGCUUUGACGCCAAACCCGAUAGGACGAGCUUGGCGCUUCACUACAGUUAACCAAAGUGUCUGAAAUGCAAACGGUCCGAGAGCGAACCAUUUGACUUUCGUCUCCUUUGGACCGUUUGUAUCUUCUAGCAGUUACAAAGCCUUGCAGAGAUGAAACUCCUGAAUGCUGAGCAUGUGGUCCAGUGUGAAUAGUUUUAUAAAAAGGAUUUUCCUUUUUUUUCCCCCCGCCACCUCUUUUGUACUUGAAACCCUCCGAGCUUUAAUAAAAGACCACAGGCAAACGACUGACAGAGAUAUGUAGCGACGCUAUCUGCGUUCACGUGCUGUGCGUGUAAACGAUAUCGGCAUCAAACGAGCGUUACGGUGGCAAGUCCUUUCAAGCGCUCUCGUCUGCAAUCGAGCCCUCCGAGAAACAAACCAAACCGAACAGACCGCUUGUAAAUGACCAAAAGACAACCAAAAGCGAUUUGCUUCCAUUGUACUUGGUAGGGAAAUGUUUUUUGUUUGAACAUCAAGAGUUUGUGAGGUGGAUUAUCAGGCGGGAAGCCAGAUUGACGCCGAGCAAGCAGACCCGAAGAUAUCUUCAUUGUGUCAAACAAAUGAGAUUGAUCGUUUUCUUUUCUCUGCACUCUGUGAAAAGAAAGGGGCUCUGCUGUUGUGAAGGCUUUUCAAGGCUCUCCAUUUUACAUCAGGCAGCGAAAUGGAGCACCCGUAACCGGUAACGGUCACUGAUGACGUCCGUCCGUCUCGAGGCUCAGAAGUGAUGGUGCAUCCUUCCAGGCACUGCUGAAGAGCCUGCUUGAAGGCUAACGUGAAAAAGGUCUGAUACAGCACUUGUGUAAGCCCCGCCCCCCUCCCCUCCAAAAAGUCAUGGCUCAGGAUGGUCCCAUUUUGACCUUUACCUAGAAUGAAAAUGGGAGUGUCUGACAGCAUUCGACACGGUAUUGUGCAAUACACUUAUGACAUGACGGAAAAAAAUAUCUGUAGGAAAGGUUGACUGAAACCCGGAAACACUUUCUUCUUUGUUUGAUUUUCUCUCUCUUCGAGUUCCCGUUGCCGUUUUUAGAUGAGGUAAAAUGUGCCAGAGGAAUUAAAUUCUGAUUUGUAUUUAUUUCUUGCAUGCUUUCCUCCCUGUUGCUAAUACCGCUCUUUAACUGUUCGCUCUGUUGGAUGUGUGACGCUGUAAAACAUUCUAAUUCAGGUUAUUGUCUGUGUUGAACAAUGUAACUGUGUAAUUAAAAUAUGACAUGAAAGCUG